AUACGCGAAAUAUUCCCAGGUCGAUAAGUGCUUUUGUGAGCGACUUGCGUUGCGGGGAAGUCGUCGUCUAAGCUUCGAGCAGACGCUCCUAGGAACGAGGACUAAGGAGCGAAGGCCUUGGGGGGUGGUGAGCCAGUGGAGGGGAAGGAGGGCCCGAUAUGGGCAUUCCUCCUUCGAUGGCUCGUAGCUCCGAGUCGCCACGCCAAAAUGGCGGCUUAGGGAACAUAUCCCCACGCGCAAUGUUCUCACACGCCCAACCCGCCAAAGUCGUCUCGUUUCUCGUCGGAGUUGUUGCGAUUCUCGCGACCCUCUGCCCAGUGACCGCCGCGCGCUCCGUCGCUCUAGCAGACUGGCAAGCGCUGCUGCGGCUGAGGGAGGAGCUCAAUUUCACCAACCCGCAGCGCAGCCCCAAGGUGUACUGGCGGUCCAGGGACAACUGCAACGUCAUCUUCGGGGUCUCCUGCGACGACCAGGGCCGCGUUGUUACGCUGUCCUUGUGGGGAGUGACCGGGCCUCUGCCAGAGUCAAUCGCCAACCUCACUGCACUCACCUCGCUGUGGGUGGGCAACAAUGUGACCAGCAUACCGUCUUCGCUCGCCCAGCUCAGCUCAACACUCUCUGCCCUAUUUUUGGGCGGCAAUGCCAUCAGCGGCAGCUUCCCUGCAGCCGUCACUAAGCUGACUGCUCUGCAAGAGCUGAGCCUAGCUGACAACGAUCUCUCCGGCCCACUCCCCCCAGGGAUUGGCAAGUUGCCGCUGCUGGAGAUGCUGCGCUUGGAUGGAAAUCACCUCUCAGGGCCCAUCCCCUCCCUCAUCUCCUCGCUCUCUGCCCUCUCCUACCUCUCACUCGCGUCUAACGACCUGUCAGGGGCCAUUCCCCCACAGAUAUCCGCGUUACAAGCUCUGCAGUACAUCGAUCUGCGUAACAACCUCCUCUCAGGAGCAAUCCCCCCACAGAUCGGCAACAACUACAACCUCAACUGGCUCUACCUGAGCAACAACCGGCUGUCGGGCUUCAUCCCUGCUUCCAUUGGCCGCAUAGAUCGCCUCCGGUACAUGUUCCUCGACUCCAACGUGCUCAGUGGGCUCAUCCCUGAAUCCGUCUCCGCGCUCAGUGCUCUCGUCUACCUCAUUGCGAGCCACAACCUGCUGUCAGGCGCCAUCCCCCCCACCAUCGGCCAGCUGCCCCGCCUCGCAUUCCUCUCUCUGAGCAACAACUCCCUGUCCGGCCCCCUACCUGCGACCAUGGGUCAGCUCAAGCACCUGCAGAUACUGGACUUGUCUCGCAACCGCCUGUCCGGAGCCAUCCCGGAUGCAUUCGCUGACAAGCCCGCGCUCAAUUCCAUCGACCUCUCUUUCAAUGCGCUCACAGGCCCCCUCCCUUCCAGCCUCUCCUCCUGUGGCUCCCUGUACACGCUGGACGUCAGCAGCAACGCCCUCAGUGGGUCGCCCAGCACCACCGUCAGCGCCAUGCCCUCGCUUUCCUACCUCAACCUAUCUAACAACUUCUUCACAGGUCUAGUACCAAGGGUGGUGGACAGCCAGCAGAUGGUGUCGUACGACAUCAGCUCCAACUACUUCUAUGGCCCGGGGCUCGUCUCAGAUACCACGCCCCUCGCACUGCCGCUCUGCAAGACGGGCUUCGAGCCGGGCACCUUCUCGGCAGCUGCCAACUGCCUGGUGUACGGCUCUGCCACGGAGAACUCAUGUCCCACCCGCACUGGCCCUAUGAGCACUGGAGACCUGCUGCAGGUGGACGCCCAGCGCUCUGAAGCUGCCUGUCUGUCCUUCUGCCGCACCAACAUCACUCGCACAGCCGCCAACUCCCAGUGCGGCUCCCUGGGCACUUGCGUGAUGGAGAUGACAGGGUCCCCGCCCCGCCCCUCCUAUGCCUGUGAAUGCGCCAAGGGGGCCAUUCGCUCGGCUGAUGGGCAGUCUUGCACUGCUAUCGAGGGAUGAGUUGGAUUCGAUCUCCAAUGAGCUAUUGCCAGCUGUCCCA